CCACUCACAAUUCCGGAAUUAUCUCUGAAUCACUUACUUACUUGCUCAUCAUAAUAAUCCCAUUUCUUUCUUUCUUCAAAUCAUCCACUCACUCGAGGAGAGAGACGAGUAAACACACAGUCUCUUCUUCUUUUGUAUUUACUCAUCAAUCACUCACUGCCGAGAGAAGAGAGUGAGACAGAGAGAGCGCAAAGGGCAUUAUUAUUCCCCCCUCUCCCAAAUGAAUUAAUUAAAUGCCUCUCUGCUUCUAAGCGUGAUACUCAUUACGUUUUCUUUCCUUUUUUCUUGUGUUUUUACAAUUAUAUCAUAGGAUUCUACAAAAAAAAUAUUCAUUCACUACUUUUACUUCUUCUUCUUUGUUCCGUUUGUUUCCUCGAUCUCUACAUUACUAGUAAAAUGGAGAUGGAUCUCAGCAAGGUCACUCUUGACAUUUUCACCAAGCUUGAACAGAAAUGGCUCUCCCACUGCAGGAAGACUCGUAUCCUUAGCAUCGACGGUGGUGGUACCACUGGCAUUGUCGCCGCUGCUUCUCUUCUUCACCUCGAACACCAGAUCCGCCUUCAGACCCGUGACCCUCACGCUCACAUCUCCGAUUUCUUCGACAUUGUUGCCGGCACUGGUAUCGGUGGCAUCCUCGCCGCCCUCCUUGUCGCCGACGACGGCUCCGGCAGACCCAUGUUCACCGCCAGAGACGCUGUCAACUUCAUCGCCGAGAAGAACUCUGACCUCUUUGAGGUCAGGCACACCGGCGUUUUCAGGAGGAAGAAGAGGUACUCCGGGAAGAGCAUGGAGAAAGUUCUGGAGGCCGCGUUCAGGAGGGAGGACGGGAAGGUCCUGACGAUGAAGGAUACGUGUAAGCCCCUCCUGGUUCCUUGCUACGACCUCAAAACCUCAGCUCCAUUCGUUUUCUCACGCGCCGGCGCGUCUGAGUCUCCGAGCUUCGACUUCGAGCUGUGGAAAGUGUGCCGGGCCACGUCGGCGACACCGAGCCUAUUCAAGCCGUUCAACGUGGUGUCGGUGGACGGGAAAACGAGCUGCUCGGCCGUGGACGGAGGGCUGGUGAUGAACAACCCGACGGCAGCGGCGGUGACGCACGUGCUGCACAACAAGGGAGACUUCCCGACAGUAAACGGCGUGGAGGACCUGCUGGUGCUGUCGUUAGGAAACGGGUCGGCGAGCUCGUAUCAAGGGAGAAACGGAGAGUGUUCGACGUCAUGUGUGGUGGAGAUAGUGCUAGACGGCGUUUCCGAUACCGUGGAUCAGAUGCUCGGGAACGCUUUCUGUUGGAACCGUGCGGAUUACGUCAGAAUCCAGGCGAACGGUUUGAGGAGGAGCGGCGGCGGAGAGGAGGAGGAGGAGGAGUUGCUGAAAGAGAGAGGUGUUGAAACGGCCCCGUUUGGAGUGAAAAGGUUACUAACGGAGAGUAACGGAGAAAGAAUCGAGGGUUUCGUGCAACGUCUUCUUGUUGCUUCAGGAAAGUCAAGUCUCCCUCCUAGUCCUUGCAAGGAUUCUGCCGUUAACCCUCUCGCUGACGGCCGUUAAACUUAAAUUGUUUUUUUUU